AAGUGGGAAGGAGGGAUCAGUGGCGUAGUGCACUGAGAGUGUUGCGUUGGUUUGACAGACGCCUCAACUAAUAUAAAAACGUUUUAUUUUUCAGUCCGUAACCAAAAUAUGCGGGCAAAGGGCGUAAUAGUUUUAACACUGUGGCCGAUUGAGAUGAUUAGAGUCUGAGUUCGGAAGACAUCUUUGGGAUUUCAAAAUUGCAUUCCAAGGUAACAGCAUUUGUGGGCAGGUAGGGAAGUAGCCUUCCGGAAGAACUCGCGAUACAGGUUGGCAGUUUGCAUACGGCACUCGUAAAGUAAGUUUUGAAACAAGUUUUUAAUCAAAUACAGAAGGAAAAAUGACGGAUUUUAGAAAAAAGAAGCUGUAUGUCUUCGUGGACGUGCUGUGCGUGGUAGUGGCGGCACUGCCUUUCCUCAUUAUGACCGUCGUUUUCCGGCCCUACCAGAGGGGUGUGUACUGUGACGAUGAGGACAUCAAGUACCCCUUCAAACAUGACACUAUCACCCACGGCCUGCUGGCUGCAGUCACCAUCUCCUGCACCGUCGUCAUCCUAGCAUCAGGAGAGGCCUACCUGGUCUACAGUAAGAGGAUUCACUCUAACUCUGAGUUCAACGGGUACGUGGCGGCGCUCUACAAGGUGCUAGGUACCUUCCUGUUCGGAGCAGCUGUCAGCCAAUCACUGACAGACCUGGCUAAGUUCACCAUUGGACGCCUGCGGCCCAACUUCAUGGCCGUCUGCAACCCCAAGGUCUGCAAAGGCUACAUGCUGGAUAUCAACUGCACCGGCAACUCUCAUGACGUCACUGAGUCCAGGUUGUCCUUCUACUCCGGCCACUCCUCCUUCGGGAUGUACUGUAUGCUGUUUCUAGCAUUGUAUGUCCAGGCGAGGCUGAGGGCAAAGUGGGCCAGACUCCUCCGACCCACAAUCCAGUUCUUCCUGGUGGCUUUUGCAGUGUACGUGGGCUACACCCGUGUGUCCGAUUACAAGCACCACUGGAGCGACGUUCUGGUGGGCUUCCUCCAAGGCGCUCUCAUUGCCAUCCUCAACGUGCGCCACGUGUCAGACUUAUUCAAGCAGGGUCCUCCCCACUGCUCCAGCCCAGACACGGUCGAGAACGAGGAACUGGAGCGCCGCAAACCCAGCCUGCAGAUUGCAGAUGCAGAUCACAACAACCAUUACAGCUACCCAGGGCCUGUGUGAGAGGGGCCAACCCAGUCAACCACUCUCACAACAAGCUCCCACAAACCACUGGACUGACUGAGGGGGCUGUGCACAUUACCAGAGUCCUCUAUGUCCUGGGUGCACCAGCGCAUUAGUGGGAGAGGACUUUUAUAUUGAGACAUCAUGGUUGAUGUUCACUAGUUUCUUAGUAUAUUCGUCUCAGAAGUUUUUAUGUUGCUUUUUUUAACACAAUAGAUUAGGUAAGAGUACCAAACAUUCAGAUAAGAAAAAAAGAAAGACCAUUCUCAAAAGAGAAGCUGUCUAGAUGAGUCCCAUUUUAGUGCACCUUUAGUCAUGUGAGUAAUCUGAACUUCAUUGGGAGUUUGGGAUUGAUAUAUUGAUUGUUUCACCUAUGUGAAAUGGACUGCAGAGAUUUAGAAAUGUUGAUGUUGAUUGUGUAAGCUUGAUAUACCACUAGAUCACAAACAAUCAAUUCAAAUGUUUGGCAUAAAGAUUUUAGAAAUUGAAAAUGAGAAAUUCUGCUUUUAGCUAUGCACAUUCUGGCAUCAAUCACUCUAUUUUUUUAAAUGAAGAAAACAAUGUUUUAACUGUAACAUUGCUCCUUGAAGGUAUUUGGACAGUGCCUAUUCAUUUUUAUUUCAUAGAUUACUUUAUUCACAAGGUCAGAAAUGUCUAUAAUGCCAGCACUGUUAAGGUAUUGUGCAAUCACAAUCACCCCUGUUAGCCACUAUGAGCCACAAAUACUGUAUCUGCUAAUAUUAUGGCAUUUUUCCUUUUUCAAGUAUGUUAUUUUUUCUGUGGCCCAUAUCAAACCAGUGCCUUCUUGGACUAGUGCCCUUUAAGAUUGACACAAAUGGAUCAGAUUCCAAGUUCACAACACAAACCAGAUGCCUUAACAUGAGCCUUUAAGAGUUGUAAUGAUACAGCUUACUAUUUGAGUCAUUUGUGGCAAGCUGGUAUAAUGCUCUAUGCAAAGUUCAAUGAUUUUUCCUUUCUUGUGUGGACUGCUGGGGUUAAUUUGUGAAGAAAUGCUCCUGUACAGUGACUAUGUCAGGCCUGGCCCUGCUUGGCACAGGAGGACUGAUGGCAGAGAGAGGCUCACCUCUGGUAGUAAUUGUGAGGCUCAGAGAGCUGACUCAGAGAGCUGACUCCGAGCUGGCCUGUGACUGUGGAAUGGCAAGGUACUCAGAGCUGGCCUGUGACUGUGGAAUGGCAAGGUACUCAGAGAUGGCCUGUGACUGUGGAAUGGCAAGGUACUCAGAGCUGGCCUGUGACUGUGGAAUGGCAAGGUACUCAGAGCUGGCCUGUGACUGUGGAAUGGCAAGGUACUCAGAGGGGCCUCCUGCUGAGACGCAGGUCCUACGGACUUCAAGAGAUUGAAAGACUUUUCUUUGAAUUCCAUAAUGAUAACCACCUGGAGCAGCUUCAGUGAAGUGUUGUGUAAUGUCUCACCUGUGUAUUACUGAAUCCCCCAGCCCAAAUUUACCCAUGAAGCAAUAGUAUCACAAUGUUAUGGGGUUUGAGUUUCCUCCAGGUUUUCAUCAUAAAAUCCCCUCUGUUAGCCUUGUUCUGGGUGGUGUGUGUUUCAUAUGUAAUAAUACUAUUCCUUGCCUUCCGGGUGGCGCAUUGGUCUAGGGCACUGUGCACUGUGCCACCAGAGACUCUGGGUUCGCGCCCAGGCUCUGUCGCAGCUGGCCGUGACCGGGAGGUCGGUGGGGCGACGCACAAUUGACCUAGCGUUGUCCGGGUUAGGGAGGGUUUGGCCAGUAGGGAUAUCCUUGUCUCAUUGCGCACCAGUGACUCCUGUGGCGGGCCGGGCACAGUGCAUGCCAACCAAGGUCGCCAGGUGCACGAUGCGGCUGGCUUCCGGGUUGGAUGCGCGCUGUGUUAAGAAGCAGUGCGGCUUGGUUGGGUUGUGUUUCGGAGGACGCAUGGCUUUCGACCUUCGUCUCUCCCGAGCCCGUACGGGAGUUGUAGCGAUGAGACAAGAUAGUAGCUACUAAACAAUUGGAUACCACGAAAUUGUGGAGGGGGUCAAAAAAAUGUUUUUAAAGAAUAAUAAUACUCUUCCCAUUAGCGGAUUGGUCCUGGUUGGCCAUUAUAUGUACAGGUGAAGUUGGAAGUUUACAUACACCUUAGCCAAAUACAUUUAAACUCACUUUUUCACGAUUCCUGACAUUUAAUCCCAAUAUAAAUUCCCUGUCUUAGGUCAGUUAGGAUCACCACUUUAUUUUAAGAAUGUGAAAUAUCAGAAUAAUAGUAGAGAGAGUGAUUCAUUUCAGCUUUUAUUUGUUUCAUCACAUUCCCAGUGGGUCAGAAGUUUACGUACACCCAAUUAGUAUUUGGUAGCAUUGUCUUUAAAUUGUUUAACUUGGGUCAAACUUUUCGGGUAGCCUUCCACAAGCUUCCCACAAUAAGUUGGGUGAAUUUUGUCCCAUUCCUCCUGACAGAGCUGGUGUAACUGAGUCAGGUUUGUAGGCCCCUUGCUCGCACACACUGUUUCAGUUCUGCCCACAAGUUUUCUAUAGGAUUGAGGUCAGGGCUUUAUGAUGGCCACUCCAAUACCUUGACUUUGUUGUCCUUAAGCCAUUUUCCCACAACUUUGGAAGCACCCCCACAACAUGAUGCUGCCACCCCCGUGCUUCAUGGUUGGGAUGGUGUUCUUCGGCAUGCAAGCCUCCCCAUUUUCCUUCAAACAUAACAAUGGUCAUUAUGGCCAAACAGUUCUAUUUUUGUUUCAUCAGCCCAGAGGACAUUUCUCCAAAAAGUACGAUCUUUGUCCCCAUGUGCAGUUGCAAACUGUAGUCUGGCUUUUUUAUGGCGGUUUUGAAGCAGUGGCUUCUUCCUUGCUGAGUGACCUUUCAGGUUAUGUGGAUAUUGGACUUGUUUUACUGUGAAUAUAGAUACUUUUGUACCUGUUUCCUCUAGCAUCUUCACAAGGUCCUUUGCUGUUGUUCUGAGAUUGAUUUUCACUUUUCGCACCAAGGUAUGUUCAUCUCUAGGAGACAGAACGCGUCUCCUACCUGAGUGGUAUGACUGCUGUGUGGUCCCAUGGUACAGAUGAACGUGGUACCUUCAGGCGUUUGGAAAUUGAUCCCAAGGAUGAACCAGACUUGUGGAGGUCUACAAUGUUUUUUCUGAGGUCUUGGCUGAUUUCUUUUGAUUUUCCCAUGAUGUCAAGCAAAGAGGCACUGAGUUUGAAGGUAGGCCUUGAAAUACAUCCACAGGUACACAUCCAAUUGACUCAAAUGAUGUCUAAAUCCAUGACAUCAUUUUCUGGAAUUUUCCAAGCUGUUUAAAGUCACAGUCAAUUUAGUGCAUGUGAACUUCUGACCCACUGGAAUUGUGAUACAGUGAAUUAUAAGUGAAAUAAUCUGUCUGUAAACAAUUGUUGGAAACAUUACUUGUUUCAUGCAUAAAGUAGAUGUCCUAACCAACUUGCCAAAACUAGUUUGUUAACAAGAAAUUUGUGGAGUGGUUGAAAAACGAGUUUUAAUUACCCCAACCUAAGUGUAUGUAAACUUCCGACUUCAACUGUAUGUCAAACAUUAUGCUGUUCUGUUCACUGUACAUGUAUCUAUCCAUAGCUGUUUAUGUAUGCACGAAAGGAAUCAAAAUAAAUACAAAUAAAUAUAAAUAAAUAUAAAUACAAAUACA